GUGAAAAAGGAUAACUAAAAAAUGGUUCCUGGCUCUUCGAAAAAAAGUGAAGAUAGUUCUCAAAGCAAACCAGUAACUAGUGAAUUAACUGGAGAAGAUCGUCAACUUAAAGAGGAUUUGGAGCUUCUUGUAGAACGCCUUCAAGAAGCUGACGUAAGUCUUCACAAGCCAGCCUUAGAAAGCCUUUGUAGUAUUAUUCGUUCCUCAACGAGUUCCAUGACUUCCGUCCCCCAACCUUUGAAAUUUUUACGUCCUCAUUAUGAUAUACUGAAAAGUUCAUACGAAAAAACUUCGGAGGAAAAUAAAAGCCUCUUUGCCGAUGUACUUUCCGUGCUGGCCAUGGCUUUCGAUAACAAAAAACUUGAAACGUUAAAAUUUCGACUUCUUGGCGCUCAAGGGACUUCUUUGGACUUUUGGGGACACGAAUACGUCAGGCAUCUUUCAGCUGAAAUUAUAGAAGCUUAUUUGAGUAAAGAUAAAGAAGAUAAAACUUCUACCACACUUCCCCUUGAGUCGCUGAUUUCCUUAGCUGAAGAGAUUGUUCCCUAUAAUAUGGCACAUAAUGCGGAAGCGGAAGCCUGCGACUUAUUAAUGGAGCUUGGACAGCUAUCACUCCUUGAAAAAUUUGUUCAAGAAGAUCAACACGCACGUGUUUGUCUCUAUCUUACGAGUUGUGUUAAUUACGUUCCUGAUCCUGAAGACAGAAAUCUGUUACACACAGCCUUGCAGAUUUAUAAAAAGUUUGGUCGGAGCCUCGAAGCUCUUCGUAUUGCCAUUCGCCUUAACGAUCGCAACCUUUGUACCGAAUUGUUUAAUUCUGAAAAAGAAUACACAAUUAAGCUUCAGAUGUGCUUUUUACUUGCACGACAGCAGAUUUACCUCGAAAGUGUCGAAGAAGAUGAAAACUUAUAUGAAGUGAUCACCAACUCGCGCUUAAGCGAAGACUUUCUCUACCUCGCCAGCGAUCUCGACGUUCUCGAGCCCAAAACGCCUGAAGACAUCUACAAGACGCACCUGGAGACUUCCCGCCCGUUCGGAAGCAGCAUCGACUCGGCGAGGCAAAACUUGGCCUCGACGUUUGUGAAUGCGCUUGUGAAUUGCGCAUUCGGGCAGGACAAGCUCAUGACUGUCGACAGUGUCAAGUGGCUUUAUAAGAACAAGGAGGAUGCGAUGCUCAGUGCCGCCGCCUCACUCGGUCUUAUUUUGCUCUGGGACGUCGAAAAAGGACUUACACAGAUAGAUAAGUUUUUGUACUCCAAUGACGACAAUGUUAAGGCGGGGGCGCUUCUGGCUUGCGGAAUUACCUCGUCCAAUAUCCGCAUCGAGUGCGAUCCCGCACGUGCUAUUCUCAGUGACUAUGUUGAGCACAAAAGCGAUAAGACGAGGAUCGGCUCUAUUCUCGGACUUGGCAUCGCUUACGCGGGAUCCAACAGGGACGAUGUUGUGCAGUUGCUACUCCCCGGCCUUUCACCCACCAGUAGCAUGGAAAUUCCAGGGCUUUCUGCGUUGGCGCUCGGCCUGAUUUGCGUCGGUACGGCCAAUGCUUGCGUCACUGAGGCGCUCCUUACCAUCCUGACCGAGCUCGAAACGGGAGACGUGGUGGAGCCUUUCGUUCAUUUCCUGGGCUUGGGCCUCGCCCUUUGCUACCUCGGCCGCCAGGAGGAGGCGGAAAUAGUACGGGAAGCUAUGAUGAUUGUCGAGCCGAAGGUCUUCUUGCCCGCUUCGACAAUGGUUGGUAUAUGCGCUUAUACUGGCACCGGAAACCUUAUGAAGAUACAAAAACUACUCCAAAACUGCGGUGACGAGGAGGAAAAAGAAGAGAGUGAGGUGGCUCUUCACCGGGCCAUUUCCGUGCUGGGUAUUGCCCUCGUGGCGAUAAGCGAGGACAUUGGCACUGCCAUGGCCCUCCGCGCCUUCAACCAUUUGUUGCAAUAUGGCGAGGAGUGUAUACGGCGCGCCGUGCCCCUUGCCCUCGGCCUGCUCUGCGCCUCGAACCCUUAUCUUCCCGUCCUGGACAUCCUCAGCAAGCUGUCGCAUGAUACCGAUAGGGAGGUCGCCCACAAUUCGAUAUUUGCUCUCGGCAUGGUGGGCUGCGGGACGAAUAAUGCCCGCGUGGCCUUAAUGCUACGCCAACUGGCAAGCUUUUACUAUAAGGACCCCGAUAACUUGUUUCUGACCCGAAUUGCGCAGGGGCUGCUGCACUUAGGGAAGGGGACCAUGGGCAUAUCCCUGUACCAUUCUGACCGCACACAGCUCUCUCACGUGGGCACAGCUGCUCUUCUCUCUCUUGUCUUCGUCAUGCUACAUGCUAAGACCACUGUGCUAAGCAAGUCCCACUACUUGCUCUAUCUCGUCACCCCGGCGAUCCACCCGCGCAUGCUGGUGACUUUCGACGAGAAUCUGCACCACUUGUCCGUCCCUGUCCGCGUGGGUCAGGCAGUUGAUGUGGUUGGUCAAGCAGGCAAGCCGAAGACGAUCACUGGCUUUCAAACGUAUACCACUCCAGUGCUUCUCUCGCACGGCGAACGCGCCGAGUUGGCCACCGAAGACUACAUCCCACUUUCGCCAAUUCUUGAGGGACUUGUCAUUUUAAAAAAAAAUUUUGAGCCCAUUCAAUAAUGACCGGCCCCAUACUAAAAGAUUGUCAUUUUAUCUUUUUAAAAA